UAUUCUCUACCCCAGCACAACUCUUUACGCCCAACGCGAGGAUCUCUCGAGUACUACCAAGAGAGAUGGGGGGACGGAUAAAAAUUAAAACAAGACAUUAGACGGGCGGCGAAGCAGCCGUGGGACAAAGCUCCACCCCGAAGCAAUGCAGGCGCUUCUGCUGCCGCCGCGGCCUGCGGUUCGGUCCGCUGGGCCGUUGGUGGCCUCCUCUUCGCCGCCUCCACUGCGCCGACCUAAAACCUUCAUCACCACCCCCCUUCCCCCCCUCAUCCCCUCUCUCUUCCAACGCCCCAAUCUCUCUUUCUCUCCUUCGAGAGCCACCCUCUCCGCAUCUUUUCUUCCCCUCUCUUUUGCCUCGGACGCAUCGCCAAUCCGCAAGCAUGCGAGCGGGAUCGCGGCGCGCGCGGCCGCUUCGUUUCCUUCUGCUGCUGCUGCUGACGGAUCCGAGACGGCAAAGCUCGCGCAGUGGCCAAAUGAGCAGGUCUCCAAGAGGUUAGAGAACACCUCUAGAUAUUUCAAGAGGUUGGGAAGUGCAGGAUUUUGGGGGCAACUAGUGUGCACUGUUGUGGCAGCUGUAAUUUUAUCAUUCUCUGCAGUUGUUACUGGGAAGAUCACGUCACCGGUUACAUUUUAUACAACUGCUGGUGGUAUUGCAGCAGCAUUUGUGUCAGUCUUUUGGUCUUUUGGUUACAUUCGUCUAUCAGAAAAGCUUCGGAGAACAGCUAAUGAUCCUGCAAAGGCUCCUCCACGUGCUGACGUGGUAAAAAGCUUAAAAAAUGGCAUAGUGCUAAAUCUUUUAGGAAUGGGUGCUGCAAUUCUCGGAAUGCAAGCAACUGUUGGAUUAUUGGUUGCAAAGGCCCUUACCACAUCGGCGAUUCCAUACUACCAGGGGAUAUCCCCUGGUCAGAGUCCUGUUUUGGCAUUAGAUGUAUUCCUAGUGCAGGCCUCAGCCAACACCAUCCUUUCGCAUUUCUUGGGGCUUGCAUUCUCAUUAGAACUGCUGCGAUCAGUCACGUUACCGUAUGUGGAAGCUGUUCCUGUCCCAAAGCCUGCAUAGCCUGAUUCCGAAUUCAAUAAAAUCUGUUUUGCCAUUCUGUAGCUGCCCUUGUUUCCUUUUCCUUUUGAGUCAAGCCACUUUUGGUUGCCUCUUGCAAAUCGAGGGAAACAUUCUAGGGUCCAUGGUGCCUAUACUCAAUAUUUGCAAUUGAGCAAGGUGAGUUAGAUCCAGAAGGGUAUUCUGUUGUGUGAACUAAGCUAGAAGCCAAUAAUAUCUAUAGCUUGAUUUGCUUCAUAAUUUGAGUGGACACCCAAAAAAUGACUGAGACAAGGUGUGGAAGUACUUCUAGGAGAAUCUUAUUUUUUCUCUCUUUUCGAUGUUGUUUCAUGUAUCUUCUGUUUCAUGGAGAUAGAAAAGUUGUGCAUUGUUGUAAUACUACUUGAUGGUUCAGCUGGAAUGUUUUCAACGACUGUGAGGCAAAUGGUUGGCAUUGGGUGAAUGAAAUAUUUGCCCAUCCAACCUGGCCAUCCAGGCAUGUGGUCCUCCCCAGUGCAGCUGAUCUGUACUCGCUGAAGCUCUGAAGACAGAUGUUCACGUCAUUUCCAGCCAUGUGUGGAGCAAAAAUCAAGCAUAGCUGGGAAAUUUUACUAAACUACAACUUGAAUGGAGCAAGUGCUGUUGCAUGCAAUGCCAAUUAUCCUGGAUCUCUAGCCCCCAGAUUAAUAUGGGACUGCAUGAGAUUGUCUUAUAAUUUUCAGAGAUCUUUAUAAAAUACUGUUUUUGUUAAUUAUGUGCAAUGCUUUCACACCAAAA